GACUGACAAAAAUAAAUAAAUAAGUAAAUAAAUAAUAUUGACUCCAACAUGCACCUGGGUAGGUGAGAGCGGCGCACACGCAACCAGAGGGAGAAAUCACUUCUCAAAGAGCGCGUCUUUCUCUCCGGGAGUCCACUCCUUUCUGGCAGAGCAGCCUCCGAUGCAAUUAACCCAGGAAGGCGACUUCGUCAAGGGGGACUCAACGCCGACCACCGCAGCUCUCCAGUCCGACGGCAGCGCCGGAUCUCCGGCCAAAAUGUGCAGUGAAUGUUACGAGAAUCAGUCUUUCGUGAACGAUGACGGGACCGUGAACGACCACAAGCCACGCUCCUCCCCAGCGCCACUACUGACCAAGGGCAGCGGCAGCAGCAGCAGCGGGGUCAUCUUAGACAUCUCCACCCUCAAGAUGGAGCAGAUGGAGAGCGAGGUGCCUCCGCUGCCGCCCCGCUUCCGCUUCAGAGACCUGCUGCUCGGGGACCAGAGUUUCCAGAACGAUGACAGGGUGCAGGUAGAGUUCUACGUGAACGAGAACACCUUCAAGGAGCGACUGAAGCUUUUCUUCAUCAAAAACCAAAGAUCAAGCCUUAGGAUUCGUGUGUUCAACUUCUGCCUGAAGCUGCUCACCUGUCUGCUGUACAUCAUCAGAGUGAUGACGGACAACCCCGGGCAGAGCCCUGCAGUCAUCCACAACGGCGGACAGCAGAACACUGCAAGCGGCAACAAUAAAUGCGUUGACUGCCUGUGGAACGGAUCAGUGCAGGACAGAGAAAUCAACUGGGAGUUGAUCUUCUGGGUGGAUAGGAAGGUUCCUGUCUGGGCCAUUCAAGUGAUCGUGGCCAUCAUCAGUUUCCUGGAAACCAUGUUACUGAUGUAUCUGAGCUACAAGGGGAACCUUUGGGAGCAGAUAUUCCAGGUGUCCUUUCUUCUGGAGAUGAUCAACACAGUUCCUUUCAUCAUCACGAUUGUCUGGCCCUCAAUAAGGAACAUCUUCAUCCCUGUGUUUCUCAACUGCUGGCUGGCCAAAUGCGCUCUGGAGAACAUGAUUAAUGACGUCCACAGAGCAAUCCAGAGGACCAACUCGGCCAUGUUCAACCAGGUCCUCAUCCUCAUCUGCACCCUGCUCUGCCUCGUCUUCACGGGCACAUGUGGGAUCCAGCACCUGGAGCGAGCGGGAAAAAACCUGUCCCUGUUCAAUUCCUUCUACUUCUGCAUCGUCACGUUCUCCACCGUCGGGUUUGGAGACGUGACUCCCCGCAUAUGGCCCUCUCAGCUCCUCGUAGUCAUCAUGAUCUGCGUGGCCCUGGUGGUUCUGCCUCUGCAGUUUGAGGAGCUCAUCUACUUGUGGAUGGAGAGGCAGAAGUCUGGGGGGAACUACAGCCGCCACAGAGCUCAGACGGAGAAGCACGUAGUGCUGUGUGUCAGCGCGCUCAAAAUAGACCUGCUCAUGGAUUUCCUCAAUGAAUUCUACGCACAUCCCAGACUGCAGGAUUACUAUGUGGUGAUCCUGUGCCCGAGUGAGAUGGACCUCCAGGUACGAAGGGUGCUGCAGAUCCCUCUCUGGUCUCAGAGAGUCAUCUAUCUGCAGGGGUCUGUCCUCAAAGACCAGGAUCUGCUGAGAGCCAAAAUGGACGACGCAGAGGCCUGUUUCAUACUGAGCAGUCGCAACGAGGUGGAUCGCAUGGCUGCGGAUCAUCAGACCAUCCUGAGAGCUUGGGCAGUGAAGGACUUUGCUCCAAAUUGCCCCCUGUAUGUCCAGAUACUCAAACCGGAAAAUAAGUUCCAUGUUAAAUUUGCAGACCACGUGGUGUGUGAGGAGGAGUUCAAGUACGCCAUGUUGGCUCUCAACUGCGUUUGCCCCGCCACCUCCACCUUGGUCACACUGCUCGUGCACACCUCCCGUGGACGAGAAGGACAGCAGUCUCCGGAGCAGUGGCAGAGGAUGUACGGGUGUUGCUCCGGCAACGAGGUCUACCACAUCCGACUGUGCGACAGCAAGUUCUUUGGAGAGUAUAAUGGCAAAAGCUUCACAUACGCCUCCUUUCACGCUCACAAGAAGUAUGGAGUGUGCUUGAUCGGCAUAAAGAGGGAGGAGAACAAGAGCAUCCUGCUGAACCCUGGCCCCCGCCACAUCAUGGCCGCCUCAGACACCUGCUACUACAUCAAUAUCACCAAGGAGGAGAACUCGGCGUUCAUCUUCAACCAGGAGGAGAGGAAGGGACGCCCUGCCGGGGGAAUCUAUGACGGCCCCUCACAGCUUCCUGUGCACAGCAUCAUUGCCAGCAUGGGUACGGUUGCCAUGGAUCUGCAGAAUACAAGCCCACCUAACAUCUCAGGUGGCAAACUAGUCCCUCCUACAGUAAACGGGACAGGAAGCCGCCGGCCAAGCAUCGCCCCGGUCCAGGAAAUAGCCGACUCCGCCUCAAUCCUGCCGUGUGACCUCCUCAGUGACCAGUCCGAGGACGAUUCUGUCUUCACAGAUGAAAAGGGCCACUCAUCCACUGAGUAUGUUAAAGGUUAUCCCCCUAACUCCCCGUACAUCGGGAGCUCGCCCACCCUGUGCCAUCUGCUGGCUGAGAAAGCCCCGUUCUGCUGCCUACGACUGGACCAGGGAUGCAGGCACAACAGCUUUGAGGAUGCCAAGGCUUACGGCUUCAAAAACAAGCUCAUCAUCGUGUCCGCCGAGACCGCCGGGAACGGCCUCUAUAACUUCAUAGUGCCUCUCAGAGCUUAUUACAGACCCAGGAAAGAACUCAACCCUAUUGUGUUGCUGCUGGAUAACCCGCCUGACAAUCACUUCCUGGAGGCCAUCUGCUGCUUCCCAAUGGUCUACUACAUGGCCGGGACCAUAGACAAUCUGGACAGCCUGCUCCAGUGCGGUAUUAUCUACGCCGAUAACUUGGUUGUUGUGGAUAAAGAGAGCACAAUGAGUGCGGAGGAGGACUACAUGGCUGAUGCCAAAACCAUUGUCAAUGUUCAGACAAUGUUCAGGUUAUUUCCCAGUCUGAGUAUUAUUACAGAGCUUACUCAUCCGUCCAACAUGAGAUUCAUGCAGUUCAGGGCGAAGGACUGCUAUUCUCUGGCUCUCUCCAAGCUGGAGAAGGUAGGACAGAACGAGUGGGUUUCACAGAAAGAGCGUGACAAAGGCUCCAACUUGGCCUUCAUGUUUCGCCUACCCUUCGCUGCAGGCAGAGUGUUCAGUAUCAGCAUGCUGGACACCCUCCUCUAUCAGUCUUUUGUGAAGGACUACAUGAUCCUCAUUGCACGGCUGCUGCUGGGACUGGACACAACUCCGGGAUCAGGAUACCUCUGUGCCAUGAAAGUAACAGAGGAAGAUCUGUGGAUCGGUACGUAUGGGAGGUUGUUCCAGAAGCUCUGCUCCUCUAGUGCGGAAAUUCCCAUCGGUAUCUACCGGACAGAGUUCCACAUUUUCUCUACUUCUGAGUCACAGGUGUCGGUCAGCGUUGACGACUGCGAGGACACGAAGGACCGGGGGGACGAGCCGCGCAGCAGCGAGCAGCCGUGCGAGCGGCCCCUGCAGAGGAAGAAGAGCAUGCAGUGGGCCCGGCGCCUGAGCAAGAAGAGCGUGCGGUGGCAGGGGCCGAGCCGGGACUCCAGCCGAGACCACGCCCAGCGCAUCGCUCAGCAGCGCCUCAACCUCUACAGGCGCUCCGAGAGGGAGGAGCUGUCUGAGCUGGUCCGCAACCGCAUGAGGCAUCUGGGCCUCCCCACGUCCGGUUAUGAAGAUCUGACAAAUCUGACGGCCAGUGAUGUCAUGAACAGAGUGAAUCUGGGCUAUCUACAAGAUGAGCAGAAUGAUCAUCAAAACACUCUGUCCUACGUUCUUAUUAACCCGUCCCCUGACACCAGACUGGAGCUCAAUGACAUUGUGUACUUGAUCCGCUCGGACCCUCUGGCCCACGUCCCCGAGGAGCCUCCCGUCCACAGCAGCAGCCUGAAAGAGAGACACGAGUCCAGCGUGGACGCCAGGGAGGACACCCAGCUCUGAUCCCGAACCGGCCUCCACCGGUACUCUCUUUACUAAUCAACCCAAUCCCUUUGCUCUCUUUAACGGGGGUCCGGUUGUGUCCGUGCAGGUCCAGUCUGAAAGAGGCCACAUUGUGCUUCAGUGUUUCAGCACUGCAGUCUACUGCUACUGUAUUAUAUGAGUGCCUACUGUCUGUCAGGUGACGUUUGACGUCACCCUUUGACAUCUUCAUUCUCCUGCCACAGACACCGUAUGUACCUAUUCAUUUUUUUUGAGAGCUCUUGCAGAUGAGCAGUCAGGGACACGUUGUUAAAUCAGCUCAGUCAGGUCCAGACCUUCAGCACUUUCAUAAUAUUGUGAAUUAACCAAACGAAAUUAAGCGCACAAUCUCACCAAGUGUUUUUAUCGUGGGGAACUCCAAAAAAACAGCUCAAGCUGAAUCACUAUUGGAGAUAUUUGGAUGCAGAUUUCCACAUCUAAGAUUUAUCCAUCUUUUCUUCACUUUUAUGGAUUAUCUGAAAUCAGGAGCACAUCAAACGACUGUCGGCACUAUAUGACUUUAACUAAUACGUGCAUUAAAGCCUACGAGGCAUAUUUAUUUUGUAGCUGGACCAUAGAAGUAGUUUUUCAGUGGUGUAGAGGUCUUCAUUAGUAACAAUGAUGGUUAUUUAUAUGUCUGCUGCCGUACAUUCCUUAGGUUGGACGGGAGUUUUAGCACUACAGAAGCUUAGUGUGGCCCUUUAAACAGGCUGUAUAUUCAGUAUUGUGCCAUAAGGGGUUUUUCUUAUCAUUGUUUGUACUAUAUUAGUAAUCAGAGAAUGCCAUUUUACUUUCCACACUGCUCAGUGAAAGGAUGUGCUUAAUCAUUUAUUAAUCGUGGUUGUUUCGGGUGAGUAUCUCUAAAGGUUUUCGACUCUUAAUACAUAUUUGAAUGUUGAAAAUAUUUGUACUUGGGUCUCAUUUUAUUCGCACAUUAAAGUGCUAUAUUCAGACAGAAAAGCAGUGAAACUGUCUUGAUUUGUCUCACGAUUUAGCUUUGUGGCUGGACUGCAUGACUUCAAUACGGGUUAUGGCAUUAAAGUAAGAAGAAGGUUAGCUUAGCUUAGUUUAGCAUAAAGACUGUCAGUGGGGGUGUCAAAAUACGCACCCAAAGCACAUUAAUUAACAUGAUACUUCUAAUUUGUUUUAAUUCAAACUGUAAAACAGUUAUUAUUGAUGUACCAGCAUGAAAAUACAAGAAUUUGAAUACAAAGUGUAUACAUUUAGAAAUAAUAAUAAAAACAAUAUAUAUAUUUAUUAA